UUCGGUUUAGUCACAUGACCAGAGGCCAGCUGAUCAUCACGGAGAGUCGGACAAGAUCACGACCAUCAGGCGUCUAAUCCUGCACGAAAAACAACGUUUUUUCUGUGUUAUAUGUAUAGUUGAAUGAAAUAGAAUACAACCUAACGUUUUAGUGUUAAUCUUAGGAACAGGAAGUUAACAGAAGACUGCAAUCAUCGACCAAAGGACGAGAAGAUGUCUGGAAAAGAAAGGCUCGACGUUUUCCCCUCCAGAAUGGUUCAGACCAUCAUGAAGGCUCGGCUCAAAGGAGCGCAGACCGGCCGCAACCUGCUGAAGAAGAAAUCUGAUGCCCUCUCCAUGCGCUUCCGUCAGAUCCUCCGCAAAAUUAUCGAAACUAAGACCAAGAUGGGAGAGGUGAUGAGAGAGGCGGCAUUCUCUUUGGCCGAAGCCAAAUUUACAGCCGGAGACUUCACCACAACUAUAAUCCAGAAUGUCAACAAAGCCCAAGUGAAGGUCCGAGCCAAGAAAGACAACGUGGCAGGUGUCACCCUUCCAGUUUUUGAACACUACCAGGAAGGCGGGGACAGUUAUGAGCUGACUGGUCUGGCCCGAGGAGGAGAGCAGCUCUCCAGGUUGAAGAGGAACUACGCCAGAGCUGUUGAGCUGCUGGUGGAGUUGGCCUCCCUGCAGACAUCUUUUGUCACUCUGGAUGAAGCCAUCAAGAUUACCAACCGCCGUGUGAACGCUAUCGAGCAUGUGAUUAUCCCCCGCAUUGAUCGCACCCUCACCUACAUCAUCACAGAACUGGAUGAGAGAGAACGAGAGGAGUUCUACAGGCUGAAGAAGAUCCAAGAGAAGAAGAAGCAGCUCAGGGAAAGGACAGAACUGGAGAUUGCGGCCCGCCUGGCUAAACUGGGUCCCAUCGCAGAGCCCACCAACAUGCUGAUGGAGGAGACGGAUGAAGACAUGCUGUUCGAGUGAAGCGCUCUAAAAGGCCGACUCUGACUUCACCCAGCAUCCUAUUUAUUCUGUGCCUCUCAGGCCCAUGUCUGUCUUCUCAUACAAGUGAUGAAAGUUUUUUUUGCGUACUCGUCUGUGAUGAUUUGUUCUCUUGUUUCGGUGCUGGAAGGUACCGUGUGUUUCCAGAUUCCGUCACUGUACAGAAACAGAAGUGUCGUCGCACUUGGUUGUUUACCCACAAGGGAGUCAGUUCACGAUUUAAAAAAAAUAUAUAAUCUAAAGAAGAAGAAGAAGAAGAAGAAGAGUGUAUAUAUAUAUGUAUGUGUUAACACAUGGUUUGCGAGUGGAAUCAAAGAAGCAUUCCGUGUGACUGAUCACGUUGUCGGUAUUUUAGGUUCCUCACAACGUUAAGGGCCAUUGCAUGCUGUAAAGCUUACGGUGGUUGUAGAUUUCAAAGUGUGAGUCUGUGUCGUGGAGGUUGAUGCUGUUGUUACCUCAUUUGAGGAUGUUUACUAUUGCACCAGAAAACCCUAAAAAGUGGCCCCGCUGUAAAACUUGGUGUGCAAGUCAACAAAGCCCCCCACACGUCUAAAAUAAAGAUGUUGGCAGUAUCCAA